GCCAGGGUUGCGGGCAGAGAUUUGAGCGACAGGAGGGGAGGCUGGGCGCUAGAAUUCUUGGGUUUGGGGGCUGAAGUGGGAGACGUGGGAACUAGGAUGCCUGGGUCCUCUGGGGAGGGAGCAGGGGUUAAUAGGCUGCAAUAGAGGGAGCUGGAAAUCAGGACCGGUGGCAUUUCCCCGGGAGAAGCGACGGCAUAAAAGCAGGACAUGUGCAAACUAGAGGGAAGAGGCUUUAUUGUGGCGCUGUUGCGGAGUGGCACGCUGAAGAGCAUUUGUAGGGUGCACAGCUGAUUUGCUGGUGCAUUCAGGGGGGGAAAAGGUUGCUGAGCGGAGUUGAAGGGGCUGCAAUGCAGCGUUGGGGUGUCGCGUGAGGACCCUGGGGCGGUGGAGCGUGAGAUGUAAUGGGGCGAGGGGUUGCAUUAUUUUAGGGGGUGCUGUUUUGCUUUGGGGUGGAAGAGUUCCUGGGGUGGGAAAUCGGUGAGAAGGUCUUGGGGGGCAGAUGUGUUGGAUGGUCAGAAUUUCGGGAGGUUGAUUAUUUUAUGCAUUUUAUUCUCUGUUGGAAUUCUUUCUAGGGCAUAUACCGAUGAACUGGAUGGUGUAUAGUUUUAGGGCUUUGUAAUUCUGUAGAAGGUAUUUUUUAAAAAAUAAAUAAUUAUGGGUCUGUGUUUGUCAUCGUUUGGGAAACAUUAGGGUGUGAGUGGGACAGCUCCCCAAAACCUUGGGUCAAAAAACACACUGCCCCUUCCCAUUUGGAAGGUCCUCAGUGGAGCUGCUGGGAUUUCCUUGGUAAAUGGAUGGGUGUGUGGGGAGUGAAUUCACCAGAUGCAACUGUUAAUGUUGUAGGGAAUUCCUGGUGCCUGGGGAUUUCUAAAAAGCUGUAUUUCAUCCCUGGUGGAUAUUCCAUGGAGUGAUUUGAUUGUAUGGUACAUUGAAGGUUACUUGGCAGAAUUUUGUCUUUUGAGUACCUGUUUAGCUUUUAAUGGAGUAGAUCAUUGAGGGAAAGCUGGGCUGUAAUUCUUGGAGCUCUGUAUUGUAUUGGAGAUGGGAGGGAAUUUAGGGGCCACAUAAAUUUGUGUGACUCUCCAUUAACCCAACACUUUCAUUUUAGACCGUUGAAGUUCCACUGGUGUUCCUGAGCUGUUUCUUUCAAGUUUGGAAACAUACUGUAAUUAUUGGGGAGGGGGCUCAUUUUGGUUACCUGAGGCAUGUGAGAAAACUUGAGAGUUAGGCAAUACCAAGGAAACAUGUUUAUUCUGGGGUGGAGUUAGAUAAUACGAAGGAAAUACUUUUAUUUGGGAUGGGGUGGAUUAUUUGACAAAUGCGUGGGAUUUGAGGAAAUCAAUCCCUGCUGAAUGGAAGUUGUGCCCUAAAUAUUCAACAGGCUGAUUUUCUAGUUUGCAACAACUGCGCCCAAGCACUGGGGCGCCUGUAUCAGUUUUCUCAAGAAUAAUACCGUGGAAGGGAGUGGUGGGUCUUCCACCCCCUGAUGCUUCUCCAAGCCAUGUCGGCUUUUGGGGAUGCUCACGAGUGGUAUAUGGGAGCUCUGAGUCGUCAGGAAGCGGCUGCAUGUCUCCAGGGACACCGCCAUGGAACCUUCCUGGUGCGGGACAGUACCACAUGCCCCGGUGACUAUGUGCUCUCCGUCAGCGAGAGCUCCAAGGUCUCUCACUACAUCAUAAACAGCCUCCCUGGGCGUCUACGGAUCGGGGAGCACGAAUUUGACGGCUUCCCAGCUCUGCUCGAUUUCUACCGCCUCCACUACCUGGACACUACCACCCUGGUAGCCCCCGUGGGUCGGGUGGUGGCCCCUGCCUCUGCCCAGCCCCCUCCCGCCGGCGAGUGGGUGCGCGCCCUCUACGACUUCGUCGGCCGCGAUCAGGAAGACCUCCCGUUCUCGAAAGGGGAACCUCUGAGGGUGCUGGCUAAGCCCGAAGAGCAAUGGUGGACGGCACAGCGUGCAGACGGGCGAGUGGGAAUGAUUCCUGUGCCGUACGUCCAGCCCUGCCCGUACGCUCACCCCAGCAGCCACGGUGCCCCUCGCCAUGCUCCGGUAAUCGCGAGAGCAGUGCAACGAAGGGUGCCGGGGGCCAACGACAAGACGGCGCUGGCCUUUGAGGUGGGUGACCUCAUUGCUGUUACCAAGAUGAAUGUCAACGGCCAAUGGGAGGGGGAGCUGAAUGGGCGCCGUGGCCACUUCCCGUUCACCCACGUCAAAGUCCUCGACCCCGAGGAAGCCAGCUGAGCGUGUUUGGUGUAACCCUUGAACUUUUUUAUUUCCCCUGAGGAGGUCACAACUCCUGAACUCUGACCCACACCUGUGAGCUUCUGGCCAUCUUGAAACCCAUACUUCCUGACACAAAAAAACCCUUGAAUUUCGACCUUCCCUAGAGGAUGUUACGGAGCAUCUGUUCAUUGACGCUCAGCUGCUGGCAUACUGACGGCUUCUACCACCUCGAACUCCUUGUCUUCUAAAGAUGGCUCCCUGACUCACUCACUGUUCUUACAUGCUGUGGUAGUUGACCUUCCGAACAUUGACCUUUUAUAGAUUCCAUCAUAGUUGUUCGCUAGGAACUCUGACCCUUUGGCCUUGUGAUUUGAAACUUGGUUAUGUGCCCUUGAAUCUCGCAGUUCGAAAUCCUGUGACCUGCCCCCAUAAGCUGUGAGCCUUUAUUGCUGAUCCUUUGGGCCUUUGGUUGUUGACCUCUUUUACUUCUUUGUGUAAUUUUGUUUUUGUCGUUGUCGUCGACUUUGCUCGCAUGGGGCAGAGAGAGUGCUUGGCUUCGGUGGAGGACGGGAAUCCCGCCCCACUUGUUUCUUCCCGACUGCCUUGUUAAUUAAAAGUU